AUGGACGUGAUUGUGAUAGGAUGUGGUGCGUCAGGAAUAGCGGCUCUACGGAAGCUGCAUGACGCUGGAUUGAAGGUGCUAGGCCUAGAAGCCGAUGACAGGAUCGGCGGAAGAAUAAUGACUGUCGAGUAUGGCGAGUGCGCGUUGGAUUUAGGCGCCGCUUGGUGUCAUGGUGAAAAAGAUAACAUUGUGUUUGAGCUCGCUAACCCGUUUGGUCUGCUUGGAAAACCUAACCCAGACAACAAGUGGUUUGUCCUCUCCAAUGGUGACCUGUUGCCGGAGGAUAAAUGUGAUGCUCUCCUUGAUGCACUGAACCAAGAAAUUGGAAAAGCUGACAAGAAUAAUACCAAAUCUAUCUCCGAAUGUGUACGCAGCGCAGCUAAGUCUAACGCAAUAUUAACGAAAGAGCCCCAACUGUCAAAGUACUUUGUAGAAUGGUUCGAGAGGAACUGCCACAUCGGAGGGCAAAGUGAUCCCCGGAAGGAAAAAUCUCUGAAGGGUCUCGAAGAGUGCUGGGGCUGUGAGGGCGAGUUUAUGCUUAACUGGAAGGGAAAAGGAUAUAAGAUGAUUUUAGACGUUUUAUUGAAUAAAUAUCCUGAUCCCGCUAAAGCAAUACCGGUGCAGAUAUUGUUGAAAAAGGAGGUGGAGAGCAUUAAAUGGCGGACCAGUCAGCCCGGACUCGAACCAGGGAACCCGCUGGUGCAUGUGAAAUGUAAGGAUGGGAGCCUAUACGCAGCCAAAAGCGUCAUAGUUACGGUCUCUAUCGGAGUUUUGAAAGAAAGACACAGCCAACUCUUCAACCCGCCGUUACCAGCAGAAAAAACCAACGCAAUCAACACCCUUCAGCUCUGCGUGCUCGAUAAAAUCUACAUAGAAUUCACCAAGUCCUGGUGGCCUAAAACACCAGCUAACUUCACUCUGCUCUGGCGGGAUGAAGACAAAGCUAAGGUCUCCGACGAUGAAAAAUGGAUCACGGAGAUCUUCACCCUGUUUACUGUGGAGCACCAGCCGAAUUUGUUGCUCGCCUGGAUCUAUGGGAAAGCGGCCGUGGAAAUGGAGAGAGCCAGCUUAGAACAAGUCAAGGCUGGAGUGAAUAAACUAUUGGGUAUAUUCAUGAAGCAAUUCGACGUUACUCCGAUCAAGGCCAUUGUAAGGCAAUGGGCGUCUAAUCCAUUAGCAAGAGGCUCUUACUCGUACCGUAGUGUGGCCACAGAGCAAGAUGGCGGCAGUGCGGAAAUCCUAAGCGAGCCGUUGUAUCAUGGCAACGGCUUUCCGGUUGUUUGUUUCGCGGGCGAAGCAACCUCACACCAUAGACAUUCAGCCGCACACGGAGCGGUGGAGGCAGGUUUUAGAGAAGCCGAUCGAUUAAUUAGAGUUCUGAAAAAGAAUUAA